GGUUUGCUUUUAGUUGAUCUAUUCCCACAAACUAUAAUAUUCCGACGCAAUUUAUAACUGAAAACAUGAAGAAAGCCAACACCGACAGCAAGACGGAUCUGCCCUCGGCUCCUGGGGCCAUCGCCAAUGUAAAUCGUCGCCACCUCACCAGGGAAGUGGAGAGGGGCCGGCGAGCCAGCCUGGCUCCAGAGGAGAGCGCCCGCCGCGCCUCGACUGCCCAGGAGCAGGAUCAGGAUGUGGAGGCGGCCCGACAGGCGCGCGGCGGGUCGAUAUCUGGCAACUCUGGCCACGUGCAGGGCCAGCAGCAGCCCAAUCUGGAGAACUGCGGCUUUGCGCGCGCCAUGAUGAAGCAGAUGCCGUCCAAAAUGGCGCUCUCCGCCAGCAAAAUAGCGACGCUGGCGUACGGCAAGACGUCGUCGACGGGCGGCGGCGGCGGCCCGUCGGCGCCCGACGAGCUGGUGACCGUUUCUAGCAGUCACGUCCACACGGCGCCCUCGCUACUCAGGUAUGAAAAGGAUGUGUCCAGCCUCGUGGACGUCAUCGAGAUGGAACUGCAAUCGCAUGGCAAGUCCGUUUUAACUGAGAUGCGAAAAAACAAGCGGCUGCGCGAGCUGACCGUCAGUCUGACGGUGAAGCGGCUGGUGCGCCAGCGGCUGGAGCAGAACCUGGAGUACCAGCGCAGCGUGCAGAGCCGCACCCGGCUCCAGGUGCUAACGGACAGACUCGGACGCGGUCUGGUGCUGACGAAGCGGCAUCUGGCGGAUGUCCACGACCUGGUGCACAUCUGGCACGAACAGCUGAAGAGCAUCGAGGGCAACUUUGGCCAGAACGUGGGUCUCUAUUUCCGCUUCAUGCGCUGGCUGCUGGUGGUGAACCUGGAGGUGCUGCUGGUCAGCGUGCUGUUCCUGGUGCUGCCGCAGCUGGUGCUGGACUUCAACGACCCGGACGAGGCUCGACGUAGCGCCAUGGGCGCAUCUCGGUAG